AUGAAGGUCUCCGCCAUUCUCAUCCUCACCGCCGCUUCGGCCGCCUUCGCCGCACCUGUUGCCGAGGCCAACGCCGAGGCCGCUCCCGCUCCCGCCCCUCAAGCCACAUCGGGUUACACUAACUACGGCAAGUACGACUACAGCAAGUACGGAAGCUACGGCACCUACGGUGCCCCGCCGGCCACAACCCCGAGCCCCACCCCGGUCCCUCAGACUUACAGUGCCUAUGGCACUUACAAGGGCUACAAGCGCGCCGCCGACUGGACGCAAUACGCAAUAAUCACAUUCCUUAAGCGCACUUCACCAACCCAUACAUCCCCCCUUACCAUUCACUAGACGCGAGGCUGGCUCGGCCAACAACAAGACCUCGGUACUUGACGACUACCAUACCUAGUGUAACCCGAGAGAUGGUUGAGGGAUGGAUCCGUGUGGCACGGAAGUAUAAUGAUAAUAGAAAGUCCACAUACAGUAGGCUAAAUGAAAUAAAUCAUGUGUCAUGAGUUUAGAUAUCGUCAAUGACGUUUCCACG